GUGAAUCGCAGUCAGUCUCCGGAGAAGUGUUUUCGUGUUCGGUUGUGUUGUUUCGACUCGGUUCAGCGGUCGGCUUUGAGAGUUUCGCCAUACACGGGAGUAGGAGAAAGGGUUUGGGAGAAGUUAAAUUGCUGAAAUCGUGUGAAUUGAUGUGCUAAUACUGUGAUAAGGCAGCGCGAAAGCAAAAAUUGCAAAGCAAAAUAUUUAGUAUCGAAACAAGGUGCAAAAGCUUAAAGUGCUGUCAUUGAAGUGUACAAUCAAAAGCAAGCAUAUAGAUCUAUUCAUAUUUAUAGAUAUUGAACUGGUGCUUUAAGGCAGAAAGUGAUAAAGAAGUAAAUUUCACUGUGGUGCAAAAAUGGAUGGUGAUAGUGCUCAAUCAAUCUGCGGAUUUAAACAACAAGUGACGGCAGUACCUCAGUAUGGCUUAAAGCUUAAGUUCAACCACGUUUAUCCGGAGACUAGGAACCAGAAUUUGAAACCCUCCCUUCGUCAACUAUGGCCCAUCAUCCCAAUGGCUCUGAGAUACAUCCCCUACUACUGGAAGGUGUCACGCGAAAACCGUCAAGUCCUGAUGGACUACUGGUACACCGAGAAUGGAAAGCAGAUUUAUGGGGCACCGAUUGGAGGCAUUGGCGCCGGCACGAUUGGACGUGGAUUCGCCGGCGAGUUCUGCCGGUUUCAGCUCAAGCCGGGCCUGUACGAGUACAACACGGUGCACGCGAAUCAGUUCAUCGUCACCAUAAAGGACGAGAACAACGUGACCAUUUUCCAGAGUUUGCUUUCCUCAUACAGCCGACCGAAGAACCCCCUGUCCAGCUGGGAGACCAACAUCAACUCCUCGAAGUGCAACUACACGGCCCUGUACCCUCGCUCUUGGUCCGAGUAUGAUCUCAGCGAUUACGGCAUCAAGCUGGUUCAGCGUCAGAUUUCGCCCAUCAUUCCCCAUGACUACAAGGAGAGCUCUCUACCAGCGGCCGUCUUCGUGUGGACGGUAGAAAACGUCUGCGGCAAGGAUCGACAGGUCACGAUUACGUUCACGUUCAAAAACGGAACCGGCAACAAAAAGCAGGAUGCCGAAGGGAAUAGCGAAACGGCCGAAUUCUCGCAUGGUUCGGCCAAAGGUGUCAGUAUUAAGCAAACCAUAGCGGAUAUGGAGUGCACGUAUUGUAUCAGUUGUAAGACUUCCUCGGAAAUCAACCUUACACGGUGCAGUAAGUUUGACCCGACCGGAAGUGGCGACAAACUCUGGAAUGAUCUAAAGGAAAACGGACAGUUGACGGAGACUUCAGUUGAAGAAACCCCGAAAACAAAGGAUGUGGCUGUGGCUGUUAGCGCACAAAUUCUAGUACAAUCAGAAGGUAGCUCCGACUUGGAGUUUGCCCUAGUCUGGGAUAUGCCAAAGAUACGGUUUGGUAAGAAGACAAAAGAAUACUACAAGUACUAUACCAAAUACUUUGGCAAAGCGGGUGAUGCGGGACCAUCGAUAUCGGAUUACGCUCUGCAAAAUUUCGGAAAAUGGGAAACACUGAUCAACGAGUGGCAGCGGCCUAUAUUGGACGAUAGUGACCUUCCAGAUUGGUACAAGAGUGCCAUUUUUAACGAACUGUAUUUCAUUGCCGAUGGCGGUAGCGUUUGGCUUACUACAGACGAUGCUGAGCUUCCAUAUGACGAUCCUAGAUUGGCCUAUGGGAGAUUCGCCUAUCUUGAGGGGCACGAAUAUCGCAUGUACAACACGUACGAUGUACAUUUCUAUGCUUCUCACGCACUAGCUAGCCUUUGGCCAAAUCUACAAGUAAGCUUACAAUAUGACUACAAAGAUACAAUAAAUCGUGAAAUUCCUGACGGGCGGAAACAUCUCUACGACGGGAAGACUAUCCCUAGAAAAAUUAAAAACUCGGUGCCACAUGACUUGGGCGAUCCAGAUGAGGAACCGUUCGACCUGAUCAACGCCUAUCCGAUACACGACGUGUCCGAAUGGAGGGACCUCAACACAAAGUUCAUCCUGCAGGUGUAUCGGGACUACUAUACGCUCAAUCAUUACGCACAGUUGAACGCGGAGAAUGCCAGUAAGUUCAGUUCGAUAGAAUUUAUCGACAAGGAAAGUAUAUACGAGACGUACGUUCAGGACAAUCGUAACAAGGUUUCGCCAGAAGAGAAACAACAGAAUAGGAAAUCCGCUUCGAUGUACAUCAAUGAAACCAAUGGGAAGGUCUAUCUAAUGGACGCCAUGACAUAUCUCAAGAGCAUGUAUCCCGCAUGCAAACAGGUGCUUGAGAAAACGCUAGAGUGGGACAGGGAUAAUGACGGUAUUAUAGAGAAUAGCAAAUGUCCAGACCAAACGUAUGAUACUUGGGUCAUGGAUGGGCCCAGUGCUUAUUGCGGUGGGCUUUGGCUGGCCAGUCUGCACUGCAUGUCUGUGAUGGCAAAUUUACUAGAUCAAGCUGACGACUGUGUUAAAUUCCGUGAGAUUUUGGAGAAAGGUAAGGUAUCGUUUGAGGAGAAGCUCUGGAAUGGAUCUUACUAUAGAUUUGAUGGUCAAAGUGCAUCAAAGAAUUCUAUCAUGUCGGACCAGCUGUGCGGUCAUUGGUACUUACGGUGUUGUGGAUUUGAUUAUGAUAUUGUUCCGAAAGAGAACGUGCGAACAGCUUUGAAAACCAUCUACGAUAACAAUGUGAUGCGUUUCUGCGGCGGAAACAUGGGAGCAGUUAAUGGCUACGUGCCAAGCACACAGCCCAAUAAGGACGGUAGGGCGGAUGCAUCCACAGUGCAAGGCGAGGAAGUGUGGACCGGUGUGACGUAUGCCUUGGCAUCAACCAUGAUUCACGAGGGAAUGUUCACUGAAGCUUUCCAGACUGCUGGCGGAAUGUAUCAGACCUUGUCCGAGAAAAUUGGCAUGAACUUCGAAACACCCGAGGCAUUGUACGCUGAGCGUCAUUACCGCGCCAUCGGAUAUAUGCGACCCCUCAGUAUUUGGUCAAUGCAAACAGCGUGGGAGCAGAAGAAACAGAACAGAGAUUAGGUUAAUUUGUAGGACAAUAGAACUUUAAAUGCUAUAUUUUAAGCUUUGCUGCUAAGGUAGAGCUCAUAUUUGGAAUAUGGUGCCGUUACAUAACUCUAGUAUUUAUAGAAACGUACUUUGAACGCAUGUGAUGCGUUUUAUUUGUAUUUAACAUUUAGUUUUAUUUUUAUUAUCGAACUAAUCCCAAAUAUUACAAUCGGUUAAUAGUUAGAAGAGCCUUUUAAGUAUGUAAUUGGAACAAUAAGUUAUAUUAUAUCUUUAUCACCUAGCAUUUGUCAAUCAUGAUAUCUACUCAGAAACUUGCACAAUCGUAUAUCCCAUAAACCACACACAUUCAUAGCGGAUUUGAUACCAAAUUGAAUUCCGAAGUCGAAGCAUUUGAUAUCCUCUGCCAUUUAUAUACUUUAAGAAUAUGGCGUUACGUAAUAAGUGGAUGCUGCCUUACGUACACCGAAGUUCCCAAUAGGUUAUGGACCCAGCCAGAAAAGACGCAGCGGUUAACGGAAUCCCGCAGUUCUGGGGAGGACCUUCAUUUCACAACUAGAAUUUCCGCGUAUUUGCGCUUAUUUUGAAUCGCGCAAAAUUUCUGCUGAUCGGAUUACUCGCUGAUGAGUGUUUCAAAGUUAUAUUAAUCCUCCUUUGGCAUUAGGGUAAUUUUUGACCCAAACCGUACACUACGUCAGUUAGCAGCUGCCAACGUGAUGCAAAAGAAAGGUUAGAGAAAAAGCCGGCCAAGGCUAUGCGAACAAAAAUGUUCAUAAACACGUUUGCGGAGAAUUUUGGAAACUCAGAACCUGGUUCGGAAGAAGUUGAGCCGUUUGAAGAUGAUAGUUCGUCGAUGCGAAAACACCUGCUGGCAUUUAAAGACUUGAUACGGCAACUACGUGCUGAUGGUGCAAAGCUGUCAUAUGGAUAUGACACCCAAGUAACCACGCUGUUGAAGCUGUACGUAUUGCAUGUGAACGUGUAGCCCCGGCUCCCUCUAGCGUUGUGAUAUUUGUGAACAAGCCCUUAUUACUCUGAGGAUAAUGCAGCACAGUUCGCUUGAUUGCAUAACUCGUAAACGUUAUUCGAUGGAUUGACACU